AUGGGGAAGCAUCUUAUCCACCCCUAUAAAAAGAUCCCCCCUCCCUGUCCUUCCUCGCUGAGCAUCUCCACUGCAAAGAUGGCGUAUGAUCUCAGUUUGUUGUUCUUCCUUUGUGGAAUCAGCCACCUGCUCACUGGGACUUCUGCUGUGGUUGGAACAGCAACGAAACGUGACAGAUGCCCUGCGGGCUGGACUCAGUUGAACAAUCGUUGUUUCAUCUACCAAAAUAAGGCUGAGACGUUUGAUCAAGCAGAGAGGUCCUGCAACCUUCUUCGUGGCAAUCUGGUGUCCAUCCAAAGUGAUAUGGAACUGGCUGUGGUCAAUGAGCUCACGACACUGUCUCUCGAUGCGACCGCCAUCUGGAUUGGACUCUCGAAGACCGAUUUGGCGGGUGACGUGAUGUGGACUGAUGGCUCGGAAACAGAGUUUGCCGAAUCUCAGUUCCCGGGGCGAAUUGACGUGGGCUGUUUAGCCAUACGGACCAACGAUCUUGUCUGGGCUGUUACCGAUUGUGGCACAAACCUGACUUACAUUUGUGGCCGCGACGUGUUGCAGUGCGUGUCGCUUUGCGUAGCCGAGGAAAUAUUCUCUGAAGCUGUUGCCCCUUAGCAACAUUUCCUGUCGCUCCAAUGCCACUUCAGGAGACCUGAAUAAAUGUUCUUGAUUUU